AUGAAGUAUCUAUCAGGACAUGAUAAGCGGAAAAAAAGAAAAAAAGUUGAAGAAUUUAUUGAGACUCAAAGAGGGGCAAUCGACAGAUUUGUUGUCAAAGAAUCGAAAAAUUCAUCACUUGAAGAUUUGGUUAAUGAAGAAAAACAAGAAAACAAUAGUAAUGAAUUAGAUGAAGGCUUAGCCAUUGAAAAUGAUAUAGAGGGAGAUGUGAAUGAGAUUGAAGGCAAUGAAAGUGGUGAUGACUUAGACUUUAAAAAUAAUUAUUCUAAAAGUGAUGAUGAUGCUAUUAAUGAAGUGAAUGAAGAACCAAGUUCAUCAAUUCGACUUGACAUUUUUGAUCCUAAAAAUUGGGAGAAUUUAGAUCCCAAGUGGAAGGAUCAAUUAGUGGAAAAGGGUCCUAUAAGAAAUGUAUUAACAGGGAAAGCAUUUCGUGGUAGUAAUGAGAAACUUUAUGAUGAUAACAAUGGAAAUUUUAUGGCUGCUGUUGAGAUGAUUGCUGAGUGGGACUCAGUGAUGAAGGAGCAUAUUGAAAGAAAUACACAUCAUCAUUAUCUUAGCCACAAAAUUCAGAAUGAAUUGAUAUGCUUGUUAGCUUCUCAAAUAAAGAGUUCUAUUCUUGAAAACAUUAAAAAAGCUAAGUUCUUUUCUGUAAUACUUGAUUGCACUCCUGAUUUGUGGGCCAUGAACAUGGAAUCUGGUCCCGUUACAACUUUUCGGGCCCAUGAGCAUUUAAGACCGAAGUGGCGACGGAUUGCAUGUCGCAACCGGAUGUUAUUGUCACGCUCCGGAGGAGUCCCUAUCUGA